AACACAGAGGUGUAUGUGGUUUUAUACAUAUUGUUUCAGGUCUGCAGGUGAAGGUGACUCCUGCUGCAGAGGGACAGAAGACACUGACCUGUAUCACCACCUGUACUCUGACUGACAACCCCACCUACAUCUGGUACAAGAACGGACAACGUGUAGAUGAGCCCACUUCCCAACAAUACUCUAGUAAUACCCUAGUAGUGUUGGGUCAUUCUGAGGACAGUUACUCCUGUGCUGUAGAACACCAUGAGGACCUCCACUCUCCUGCAGUGUAUGCUCCAAAGAACCCCUCAGUGUCAGUCAGUCCCUCUGGUGAAAUAGUGGAGGGCAGUUCAGUGACUCUGACCUGCAGCAGUGAUGCCAACCCACCUGUGGACAAAUACACCUGGUACAAGAAGAACGUAGCCUCACCAAAAGCAUCAGGACAGAGUUACAACAUCACUAACAUCAUCUUUGAGGACAGAGGAGAAUAUUACUGUGAGGCCCAGAAUGGAAGAGGAUCUAUGAACUCUACAGCUCUGAUGAUCAUUGUAGCAGGGAAACAAACCUCAGUUCUGACUGCAGCUGUAGGAAUCAUAGUGGUUGUUCUGGUUCUCAUCCUCUGUCUCUCUGGACUCAUGUGGUUCAGGAAGAAGGCCUCCAAACCCACCAACACAAGAGACACAGCAGAUGAUGGACAGGGAGACUCUAGUCCAGUGUAUGACAACAUCUCAAACAUGGCCAUGACCUCUACUGCAGCACAGACAGCUGACACAGACAACCAGGAUGAUGUUCACUACGCCAGCGUCCACUUCUCUGGCUCCAAAAACCAGGAAGUGCCUCUGUACUCCACCGUCCAGGUGCUUCAACCCCAGAAAGAGGAUGAGGAUGUCCAGUACGCUGCUGUGAAUUUCAACCUCCCCAGUGCUGCCACCUGGUCCACGUUGGAACAAGCAGCUGAGGAGGAUCCCUCUGUUCUCUACAGUACAGUCAACAAACCCAGAACCAAGAAGACCUGAACACAACAAACCCAGAACCAAGAACUGAAUACAACAAACCCAGAACCAAGAAGUCCUGAACACAACAAACCUGAACCAAGAAGACCUGAACACAAUAAACCCAGAACCAAGAAGACCUGACAAACCCAGAACCAAGAACUGAAAACAACAAACCCAGAACCAAGAACUGAAAACAACAAUCCCAGAACCAAGAACAGAAAACAACAAUCCCAGAACCAAGAACCGAAAACAACAAACCCAGAACCAAGAACUGAAAACAACAAACCCAGAACCAAGAACCGAAAACAACAAACCCAGAACCAAGAACUGAAAACAACAAACCCAGAACCAAGAACUGAAAACAACAAACCCAGAACCAAGAACCGAAAACAACAAACCCAGAACCAAGAAGACCUUGUAUAUCUGGACCCGUAUAUAAUAACUAAGUGGUAUAAUUAAGCAAUAAGGUCAGAGGGGGUGUGGUAUAUUGGCCUAUAUACUGUACCACGGCUAAGGACUGUUCUUAAGCACGACACAACGCAGAGUUCCUGGAUACAGCCGUUAGCUGUGGUAUAUUGGCCUAUAUACUGUACCACGGCUAAGGACUGUUCUUAAGCACGACACAACGCAGAGUUCCUGGAUACAGCCGUUAGCAGUGGUAUAUUGGCCUAUAUACUGUACCACGGCUAAGGACUGCUUUUAAGCACGACACAACGCAGAGUUCCUGCAUACAGCCCUUAGCUGUGGUAUAUUGGCCAUGAACCACAAACCCCUGAGGUGCCUUAUUGCUAUUAUAAACUGGCUACCAACAUCAAUAGAAAAGUAAAAAAGUAUUUUUGCGUCAUACCCGUGCUUUAUUGUCUGAUAUACCAACACAAUCUCACACUCAAUUUGUGCAAAUAUGAACAAAAACUAUUUUAGCAGAUUUCAUGUUUUUUGCGUUUUUGUGUGGAUUAAUUCAUGGGAAAAGACACUCCUUUUUUAGCGAUUUAAUUUUUUGCAAAAUACACACAUUUUGUGCGACUUCAUUCAUAGGAAAAUACAUUUUUGGCGGCAAACUUUUCAAAAUGAUCAGAGCAAUGGUCACGACUUCUAAAGAAGGUAACUCCUCUCCCCAACGAUCCAUUUUUCCUUUUCUGUUUGUUUUGUCUUUGGUUCUUUUUCACACCUGGUUUCAUUUACAUUAAUUUCUGUGUGUAUAAGGGUAACCUGUUGCCUGCCUAAGUUUGUGCGGGAUUAGUCUUUUUAUUUGAUGUGCUCAGUGUUAUUUGUUUUCACGGUUACGUAAGUGUAUAUAGUGUCAGAACUGUGUUUGUUCCUCCAUGCGUUUGCACGGGUUCUCUGUUACGAGGGCGUUGUCCUUUUCGAUUGUGCCAUUCCAGUGUUGGUGGACGGUCUUAUAAAAGCACGCUUCUCAGGCAUCCCUGCUCUCCUGCGCCUGACUCCUACACCUGUCACCUAGACGCACCUUAUCACAGCAAUGCAUGAUGAGCAAUGGUGGUUUUUUGUCUGAUAUACAGUACACACUUCUGAAAUGUUGUUUCAACCAAUCGGCAUCCAGGAACCAAACUACCCAGGAUCAUAUCGGUAGUCCCAGCAGUUGGUAGAGCCAUGCUAGGGUAGAGUUGUAAGUUAGAGUAGGAGUGCUGAUCUAGGGUCGGUUUUGCCUUUUAAACUAUGAUGAACAUGAAAAGGUGCUUAAAAAAUAUAUAUUUUUCAAGUUAAUUUUCAAAAAAUAUAUUUACAGCAAACACAAUCUGAUUACAGGAAUCUUUGACAAAUAAACUUGAAAUAUUAAACUUAAU